ACACUGAAAAAAUUGUCUCUUAGUUGAAAGAUUGUAUAAUUUUAGCGAUUGAUAAUUUUUAAAUUAUGAGCAAAGCACCAUUCUUCCUUACGUUUCGGUCCAUACAGUGACGUGAGAUGUGAGAGUCAUAGAUUUGCCAGUUGAUGCAUGCCGUGUCGAUGCAUGCGCAUGCUGCAUCUGCACCUGCCCAACACGUGUUAUAUACACACAGCGCCACCCAUUAGCGAUCGGCGUAGAUGCAUUUGCAGUAAAGCGCGGCAGAAUUACAGGCGGAGCCGGAGCGUCGAGCUGGAGCUUUUUUUGUGAGGUAUGGGGGGGAUAAUGCUUCCUUUUUGUGCUAUUGUGUCCGCUUUUCGUUUCCCCUCGUUACAGACAUUCCUUUAACAAAAAACAGCGCGAAGCACAUUAUUGACUCCCCCACCGAAUAUCCCCUCCUUUUUCCUCCCCCCUAUCACGAAAAGUUGAUUGACCGUGUGCUCCCUCUCGCAUGCCGCAGGUCAUGCACAGUAGAGGGGAAACUAACAGUUCGGGUUGGAUUCGGCCGCGAUCGUGAGUCUCCGGCAGCGUCCUGGUUUAAAAAACACGCAAUACACGCUGACGUAGCAUAAUAUCUCUUUCCAACUGUCCGACUUUUACUUGAACCUGAAUCGAACUAAAAACAUUUCUUACGCCUCCCAUUAAAAAUGUUCUGUUACUUGACUGGAAAAUUGAAACUAUCGAAAUAUAAAAUUAUUGCAAUAUCCAAACAGAAAAGCAGACUUGAGGGUAGAACACUUUAAUCGACCAAUUUUAAUGCUCAGGGUAAUUUUGUUUGAUUUAAUUGAAAGAGUUAAGGUUUAGGCAUGUUUGAAUACUACUAUAUUCAAAACUAAUUUUAAAAACAAAUUUUAAAUGUUUUAAAAGUGAUUUUUACAUUUUGUGUUUAAAAUUAAGACAAAUUACGCGUCCUAAGACAGUGUUAACGCAACGUCUAUCCGAAAAAUUUUGUCUCGUAUUGUUAGAGUAUUUAAGUCAUUUCGGAAAAUGCCCCAGUAUGCACUCCCAAAAUGUUCAAAAACGAUAUCAUUGACCGGAAACUGUGGAUUUGAUACGUUUGACUUCCCCUACAUAGUCAUUCUUCAAGAAAUAAGAUUGGAUUAAUUUAGGUGACCCUAACCCCUACACAGAACCCCCCUCCAAAAUGACCUAUUUUUGACUAUCCCCUCUCCAAAACAAAUGAUCUGAGUCAUGCGCUGUACUGUCCAGUUUCUAGCCUCUCUAGAACGCAAGGCGCAAUGGUGGUAGCAACUAAUAAUCAGCGAACGAAUGUCACUUUUCGAUUGGUGGGGAGAAUGUUCACGUUCCCUCAUUGGUGGGUAUUUUGAGAACGUUAACCUUGAAAUGCGUGAUGCGAGGCUAGUUUAGGGUGGGGAGCGUAUUUCCCCAUCGACAGAAACUGCAGCGCCACCAACCGGAAGCUCACUGUUAUACUGAGCAUGCAGACGAUAGGUCGAAGCUACGUGCGAUCAUCAACGGGAUUGAUCCAACGCGCAUGCGUUAGAAAUUUCUUUUGGUGAUGUGUUGUUGUUCAAUCUCACGCCGGUAGAGGGCUGUCUUAACCUAAACAUUCUAGGUAGCCGUGCAAGCUUCUUUCUUCUCAAUUCUCACUCAUUGCUACUCAUACCGCGCAACGAAGCGGUGCAGUUCUUCUCGCAUUGUGUGCUCGUUAUAUUUGUCUGCCGUAACCAUUUUGGUGGCUUCCGAUUCCUGGAGCGACGCUUUAAGAGACGGUCUCAGAAUUUGAGAAGACGUUUUCCUCCUAUUACAUAGUCGACGUAGGCAUCAGCGAUCGGUGCGCUUCACCCGACGUUAAAAGAGAGCAGUUUGUCUAGCAGAAGGCAGCGGCGACAGCUCUAAAACAUGGCGAACAAACAAAUGCAAGCUGCAGGCUCUGUAAAGAAUGAACCUCUCGAUCCAUCAGAAGCAGCAAUGGUCGAGAAAUUCAAAGAAAAUAUGGCGAAGAGCAACGCCCAAACGGCAAAUGCAGCAAACUUAAUGAGAAUAAACAACGGACCAGCCAACACCAUACAACAUUACUUUUCUUCAUCGGCACCGGUUGCAGCAAAACAAGCUCAAGAUGCCAUCGAUGACUCGUCCGGAAGAAAGCAACCUGCGAUUGAUGAAGAUUCUAGACAAGGCCGGUUCGGCUGGGACGUUGUUAAAAAGACUAAUGUCCCUUACAUCGUAAGAACUGGACAAGAAAAGUUUUGUGCUGUGAGGAUUAUAGAAUCUAAAGUGCUAGUCCAUUAUUUGGCUGUGCUUCGGCCUGAGGUUUAUUCUUGUACAUCUAUCCAAAGCUACUACAUGACUGAAGCAGAGGCAAGAGUUUUCAAUGAUAUCAACAUUAAGCAUUGUGACAGUGCCUAUGGGACUACACUUUUUACCAAUCAAGAUCUAAUUGUGACAUUUUCUGACUUAAAAGAGUUUUAUAAUUUCCUGGACAUGUGUGUGAACAAAUUGUGCAACGACCGUAGCCAGGCGGGGGACAGAUGCGGGUUUGUGCGUAUCAAUGGUGAAUCGGUGGUGCCGUACACAUUGAGUGACCAGAAUCAGUUCGUGCCUCUUUUCUACUUUGAAGGUGAAACAGAAUCUCUGAAGCAGAAGGCUGAGAUGCUCGGCGGCUGGGACCUAUCCUACCUCAAGUUCUGUUGCAAAGUGCAAGGGAUUCGGAACGAGUUGUUCUCGUCAGAUUUCUGUAAAGUGAUUAGUCUGGACGACAUCAAGUCGUACUUCCCUCCGGGAACAGUUUUCGAGGACUAUUGGCCCAAAAAGGGCGUGGACAAGGCUUCCCUCAUCGACACUACCAAGAACCAACUCAAGAUGGCCACCCGAGUCGGCGCCUGGGCCAAGCCGCCGAACGAGCCGCCACCGCCGCAGAUCGUUCCCACAGCCACUGCCUCCGUCGCCGCCGCGCCCAGAGUCGUGGCCAACGGCUGGAACAUCCGCGCCGGCACACAGCAGCAGCUGCAUCAGUUCCAAACGCCAGCCGUCAUUCAACAACCGCAGGUUGCUAGAGCUAAUAUGUUCCCAAUUGGUAACUUGGUCUACAGCAACGCGCAAAGCGUUCAAAACGGACAGCAAACCACCUUCUACAGUCAGGCACAACAUUCCUUACAGACAGGGGCAGCACCACAGCCUCCGCCUUUAGUGCGAACUGCCAGCACUUCAUCAAUGACAUUGACAGCCAAUCUCAGGCCUUCACCUUCCUAUCCAGGUAACGGAACAAGGCAAACGGUCACAAACGUGAUCACCUCGUCCAACAGGAGCACCGCCGGCGGCUCGCUCUUGCUCAACCAGGUAGGAAACAGCACGACAGCCACGUUAUUCAACCAACUCCUCAGGCAACAGCAUCAGACUCAAAAUAUGCUUCAGCAGCAGCAGCCUCAAAAUUUGCUUCAGCAACAGCCUCAAAAUUUGCUUCAGCAGCAGCAGAACCCACAAACGCAGAGUCGCUACAGGGUGACGCCACAUGCAAGCUACCAGCUCCAACAAGUGCAGCUGCAGCGGUCUCAGGUGCCAGCACCGACCGUUCAGCGCUCCACUAACAUGGCUCCGGUUGCACACCGUCCUCUGCAGCAGCAGCUGAGUAACAGCAGCCAGCUCCAGAUCAGCUUGCGGAAUCAGCAGCAAAACGCCGCGUUGCAGCAGCAGGCGGCAAGCAAGCAGGCCUCCAGUCCUCCUCCCCUCGUUCCAACCAAUGGAAUAAGGGCAAGCGCUGACGCAGGAUCGGUGCAGAAGUUGACUCAAAUCGAGGAGGUUUCCAUCGCUCCUUCAACUAACCAUGCACCUUACAAGGUUCAGAAGGCUCUCAUCGAUAAGACACUGACUCCGUGCAUCAAUGCGAAACCAUUCAACAAUUCUGAGCUGAUGAUGACAAUGUCUGACCUGGUCGCCAUCUUCUUUCCAAAUACUCAACUGCACAACUGCAGAAAAUUGCUUCAAGAAGUCCUACGCAUUGAACUAUUCAAAGGGAACUCGUUGCAGAUGCGAGCGCUUGUGGAAGCGGGCAAAGCCAGCUCGAUCAACGACGUCAUUCCUUUGGUGCAAGUGCAGGACGUGAUCAAGUUCCACAAACAGAUCUCAUACGUUCUUGGACACAAGCGGCCGAGGUGACAAGAGGAACCGCCUCAGAAGCAUCCGAAUGACUGGUGGUAAAACGAAAACCCUUCCAGAACUUAAAACCCGCUUGCAGCACUACACAAUAUUAAUUUGAAGAAAUCAAGAGACUUUUAAUUUCAAUGGAUCAUGGCGGAACAAUCAAGUCUGAAACACUUGAAUGUGGAAAGAAAAUCUGCUUGCCUUUGGCUUCAGUGGUUGUUACGAAAGACUGCAGGUCUGCCAUUUCACUAGGCGGAUUACACCCAUCGACAAACCUUUGUGCUCAGAUGUAAUGCGUGAGUGGCGUGGAAACAUAAAUUUCCACACCCUCGGCGAGACAGGAAUGAACAAACCUGUGACGGCUGUGAAUUUGUGAAACUGCAACUGGUGAUAGCCAGUUGCUAGACUUCGGAUUUUCUUGUCAACAGAGUCAGUGUCAAAAUCCAGCUGUGAAAAUAAGAUUAAUUGAAUUAAAUGGGACUAUCUUAGCAUGCAGGAUCAUGA